CCCACCAAUACCAUCAACGGUAAAACACAAAGUCAGAUGUGAGUGCUACCGGUACAUCUUCACGUCAUAGUCACGUGUUGCAACCUUCCUCCUUCCUCCCCUUCGACUUCUUCCAUGGUAUCUUAUCUUUUGUGGGCGAGUUGAAAAAAUGGCUUCUUCCUUGGGCAUCGGUGCGGCCUACCAUCGAUGGCCAGGGCCAGGGCCAGUUGGGUGCGCCACGCACAGCUCUCAGUGCCAGUAACGAGUGCUUGUUGGAAGAAGUUUGUCGGCGUAUCUCUUGCCAAAAAAAGUGGAGCGGAGUCAGAGCCAGCAGGCUUGCGGGCGCGCGCGCGCGCACAGGCGUCGCCCAACAAGCGAAAAUUCGGCCUCGCUUCGUGGUCCUUCUUUUUCCCUCUUCCAAACCACCACGUACCAGUGACUUCUCUUUCUUCCUAACACCACUUUCCCACCCACCCAGACCAAAACAAUCAAAAUGGCUCCCGCUGUCGGCAUCAACGGAUUCGGUCGUAUCGGCCGUAUCGUCUUCCGAAAUGCUAUCAAGCACGACAAGGUCAACAUCGUGGCCAUUAACGACCCCUUCAUCGACCUUGACUACAUGGUCUACAUGCUGAAGUACGACUCGACCCACGGCAACUUUGACGGCGAGGUCAAGACCGAGAACGGCAAGCUCGUUGUCAACGGCAAGGCCAUCCAGGUCUUCGGCGAGAGGGACCCCGCCAGCAUCCCCUGGGGCAAGAGCGGCGUCCAGUACGUCGUCGAGUCCACUGGUGUCUUCACCACCAUCGAGAAGGCCAGCGCCCACAUCAAGGGUGGUGCCAAGAAGGUCGUCAUCUCGGCCCCCUCGGCUGAUGCCCCCAUGUACGUCUGCGGUGUCAACCUUGACUCGUACGACCCCAAGGCCGAGGUCGUCUCCAACGCCAGCUGCACCACCAACUGCCUGGCGCCCCUCGCCAAGGUCAUCAACGACAAGUUUGGCCUCCUCGAGGGUCUCAUGACCACGUGCCACGCUACCACGGCCACCCAGAAGACUGUCGACGGACCCAGCAGCAAGGACUGGCGUGGAGGUCGCUCGGCUGGCGACAACAUCAUCCCCUCGAGCACUGGCGCUGCCAAGGCCGUCGGCAAGGUCAUCCCCAGCCUCAACGGCAAGCUGACCGGCAUGGCCUUCCGUGUUCCCGUCUCGAACGUCUCGGUCGUUGACCUGACUGUCCGCCUCGAGAAGGGCGCCUCGUACGACGAGAUCAAGGCCGAGGUCAAGCGUGCCUCGGAGUCGCCCGAGUACAAGGGCAUCCUCGGCUACACCGAGGACGAGAUCGUCUCGACUGACCUCAACGGCAGCACCUACUCGAGCAUCUUCGACGCCAAGGCGGGCAUCUCGCUCAACCCCAACUUCGUCAAGCUCGUCUCGUGGUACGACAACGAGACCGGCUACUCGAACCGAGUCCUCGACCUCAUCAGCUUCAUGUCUACCAAGGACUCUGCGUAGGUUUCUCCUCUUUGCCGGGUCUCCUCUCCCGAACAGGGCUCGAUUGUAGAAAGCAUCGAGAGGAAGGCAGAAAAGGGUUGGAACUGGAAUUCGUAGAAAUGAUCUAAAAUCUUUCGUAGUACUCCUACCGAUUGACGUGCGAGCGUGAUUUUUCAGAUAGAGUUGUUUUAUUUGCUUUCCCAUGGCUUGGGAGGUCUCUGCAUCGUGGCUUGG